AUGUUUCAGGUGGUCUUCUUCGAGGACAGGAACUUCCAGGGUCGCUCCUAUGAGUGCAUGAGCGACUGUUCUGAUUUCUCCUCCCACCUCAACCGCUGCCAAUCCUGCAGGGUGGAGAGGGGAUGUUUCAUGGUGUACGACCGUCCCAACUACAUGGGCAACCAGUACCUCAUGAGGAGGGGAGAGUACUCUGACUACAUGAGCAUGAUGGGCAUGAGCGACUGCAUCAGAUCCUGCCGCAUGAUCCCCAUGCACAGAGGAUCUUAUAAAAUGAAGUUCUAUGAGAGGGAGAACUUCGGAGGCAUGAAUCACGAGCUGAUGGAGGACUGUGAAUCUAUCCAGGAGCGUUUCCGCAUGUCUGACUGCCAGUCCUGCAAUGUCAUGGAGGGCCACUGGCUCAUGUAUGACCAGGCCCACUUCAGAGGCAGGAUGAUGUACAUGUCUCCCGGAGAGUACAAAAGCUUCAGGAACAUGGGAUUCAGAUGUAUGAGCAUGAGGCGUAUCAUGCACUCCUGGUUUUAA